CCUUCCUCAGCGCCCCCACACUGCCACACAUAACUAUUGUUAUUAUUGUUAUAUAUACAUAACACACAAAAAACCAUCACUAUAUACCACCCUUCAAUUAAACAAUAACGUACCCAUUUUUCCAUAUCGUCCUCUUCUGGUGGUCUACUCGUGGGGUACACACCCCUUUCAUGAUUCUGUUCUACAAAAGUCUUCAAGUACCCCACUUGACUUUCUCCCUUGUCUCCUUCCAAUUUCGAUUCCCUCAAUCCUACCAGGUGGAGGGCCCUGAAGAAACUUCGGUGUGAGGUUUUGUCUUUACAUGAAGUGAGGUCCAUUAGGGUUUCUCUCGAUUAAAGCCAUCUUUAUAGGCUAAUAGGAAUGGAGAAAGAUCACAACUAUUCGGCACCACCACCAUCCAUGCCUCCAAUCUUCAACACAUUAGACUACUCUCUAGACCAACAUCAUUUGUAUGCACCAAAUCAACACCAACAACACCUGAUGAAGUUCCAAGGUUCCGGUGAUGAAAACAACAAUGGAUCAAUGGUGGAUUACAUGCCUCAAACAACACCCCCACAUGGCUUUUAUGGUGCUACUAGUGCCGCCACAACAUCCUAUGACAAACUGAGUUUUGCAGAUGUGAUGCAGUUUGCAGAUUUUGGACCAAAGUUAGCUUUGAACCAAGCAAAAAACUGUGAAGAGUCUGCAAUAGACCCGGUUUAUUUUCUCAAGUUUCCCGUGUUAAACAACAAGAUGGAGGAGGAUCAGCAGAAUAUGAUGAUGAAUAAUGAUGACCCUGAUGGUGAUGAAGCAGAAAAUCAUCAUCAUGAUGAGAGGUUCAACAACUUGGUGAGUGUGGAAGACAAAGAGGGAAUGAUGGUGAGAGAGGAUGAAGAGACUACACGGGUUUCCGACGACAACAACUCGGUGCAGAUUCGGUUUCUUGGGCAUGAAGAGCCUCAGCAGAAGAAUAAUUGUGCAGUGCAGGAGAACAAGAACGGCAAGAGGAAGAGGCCAAGAACUGUUAAGACAAGUGAGGAGGUUGAGAGCCAGCGCAUGACUCACAUAGCGGUUGAAAGGAACCGUAGGAAGCAAAUGAAUGAGCAUCUUCGUGUCCUUAGAUCCCUCAUGCCUGGUUCAUACGUCCAAAGGGGUGAUCAAGCUUCCAUAAUUGGGGGGGCUAUAGAGUUUGUGAGGGAAUUGGAGCAACUUCUUCAGUGUUUGGAGUCACAAAAGAGGAGGAGGCUACUUGGAGAAGCUCAAGCAAGACAAGUUGGGGAUCCAUCUCUUGCAACACAACAACAGCCUCCAUUCUUUCCACCUUUGCCUAUUCCAAAUGAGCAGAUGAAGCUUGUGGAGAUGGAGACCGGACUCCACGAAGAAACCGCGGAGAGCAAGUCUUGUUUGGCUGAUGUUGAAGUGAAGCUUCUAGGAUUUGAUGCCAUGAUCAAAAUCCUAUCAAGGAGGAGGCCAGGACAGCUGAUCAAGACCAUUGCUGCUCUUGAAGAUCUUCAGCUUAUCAUCCUUCACACCAACAUCACCACCAUUGAACAAACAGUUCUAUAUUCAUUCAAUGUCAAGGUGGCUAGUGAUUCAAGGUUCACCGCAGAAGAUAUAGCCAGCUCCGUCCAGCAGAUAUUCAAUUUUAUUCAUGCAAACACUAGCAUGUGAUAAUAAUUAUAUGUAGCUAUUAUAUAUGUUGUGUGGUAGUGUAGGUGCUGUAGUCGUACAAGAAUCACUUGUGAUUUCUAUAGUUGUCUUUAUGAGAUAAAAAUAUUGAUUUUACACCGCCGCUUGCAUCCUAAGUCGUUUGGAUUUACUAUUGUCAUUGUUGUAAGGGGUGACUGAACAAGAUGAUAUGGCUAGUCUUUCUAGCUAUCGUAUAUUUCUCUCUCCUAAAAGUAUCACAUUGUAUCAAAGAGAAACUAUGGAUACGUUAAAGAUGAAUUAAUUUUUC